AUGACCGCUCCCGGCGGACGACGAGGAUUGGCAGCCCCGGCGGGCGGGCUUGACGACUACCACUACUACGGCGGGGGAGGAGGUGACUGGUACGGUAGCGCGGGGUCGGCGCAUCGGACGGAAGGGGUCUCGGGAAUUGAAAAGUCUGGUCUGCGAUCGGUGAUAGAUCGCAAGAGCGAUGAUGUGCGCAAGGGAAUCGCCAAGACCUUUAUGCUUGGGCGGAAGAAGAGCCGCGAGGACAAGGGAAAAGGGCUGGAAAUCUCGCUGGGAAGGGGUGGUGGAGGGGCGGUGGCGGGGGCAGCGACCGAAGCUCGGAGCACGGUGGGUAUCACCCCCGAGACGGACCGCGAAAUAUACGGCAGCCCGAGAGCGGAGCAUAACAUGUGCACAUCACCCCCGCACCACGGGCCGCCGGUUGCCGGAAAUGUGGGGAGCUCAUACCACGGACAUCAGCAUCUCGCGGACCCAUGGGAUGCCAUGGGGUCGAGGAUGCCCUUGCCUUCACCGCCGCCGCUGCGAGAAUUGCCGCCGCUACCGCCGCAUGCGAGGAAAGGGCACUAG